AAAUCCAAUUUUGUGUCAAAUCAAAAUGGCGACCAGCACUGGCGCAGAGGAUCGUUUGCUGCCAACGCGGCCGCGCCGCUAUGUCUAUGCCUAGGAAGAGUCGUCAUCGCCGCUCUUUGAAGUGAACUGAGCCACACCCCUACCUCAAAGCUCAGCACUCGGAGCAACUGGAACCAACCCCCACAAGGCAGAAGAGAAGCGAGAAUUGGACUCCUCAUGCACAUCCUCUGUCAGUAAUUUUGACGGGCCAUCACAAUAUAACUCCGCUUGUGUCUUGGGAGCGCAGGUUUUUCUACCGAUUCCUACUUACUUUUUUAUUUUAGCAGCUGCAAUCUUGGAACUUUUGUCGACAACAUGUUGCCCAAACGCCGGCAGUGUAAAAUCAUCAUCGCGACAUCCCUAGUAUGGAUUCUUAUUGACUUUGGACUGUUGUUAUACUACACCGCGCCUUGCAUCGGGCCCGGCUGUGCUAAGCAAGAUAACGAGAAUAAACAGGGGCCGUUUCAACGGAUCAUAGAGAGGGCGAACGAUUUCAUGAAACGCAGGCCUGAAGAAAGAAAACAAAUAGAGGUGCCUCGGCAGUUUAACUCAGACGGUCCAGGGGAGAUGGGCAAGCCAGUCAUCAUUGAGCCGGAGAACAAGGCCGAGGCAGAGAGGCUAUUCAGAAUCAACGAGUUCAACCUCAUGGCCAGCGAUAGAGUAUCGGUUAACCGGUCACUCCCAGACGUCCGUCCCCGCGGGUGCGCCAAUAAAGUUUACCCCAAAAAUCUACCCACGACCAGCGUGAUUCUGGUGUAUCACAACGAGGCGUGGAGCACGUUAUUACGCAAUGUUCACAGUAUUAUCAACCGGUCGCCGCCGGAUCUGCUGGCCGAAAUCAUUCUGGUGGACGAUGCCAGCGAUCAAGAGCAUUUAGGUAAAAAACUAGAUGACUACGUAGGCAAGCUGCCCACAUCAGUACGCAUUGUACGCAUGCCAGAGCGAUCGGGGCUAAUACGUGCCCGCAUGACGGGGGCGGGGGUUGCCAAGGGAGAUGUGCUGACAUUCCUGGACUCCCACUGCGAGGCGACGGAGGGCUGGCUGGAGCCUCUACUGGCGCGAAUAGCCGCUGACAGGAAAACAUCAGUGUGCCCUGUUAUUGAUGUCAUCAGCGACGAGAACUUUGGAUACCAACAUGGGAACGAUCCGCAGAUGGGAGGCUUUGGCUGGUCACUCUUUUUCAAAUGGUAUCCCAUCCCCCACAGGGAGCGGGAACGCAGGCGAGGGGACAUUACAGAACCAGUCCAAUCGCCUACAAUGGCAGGCGGAUUGUUUGCCAUCGAUAAGAGCUAUUUCGAGGAGCUUGGUAUGUACGAUCCCGGCUUCAACAUCUGGGGUGGGGAGAACCUAGAACUCUCCUUCAAGUUAUGGAUGUGCGGCGGCAAGCUUGAGUUCGUCCCCUGCUCCCACGUGGGCCAUGUCUUCCGCAAGAAGUCGCCUUACCACUUCCCGCCGGGCACCAACUACGUCAACCGCAACAACAAGCGGCUGGCCGAGGUCUGGCUGGACGACUACAAGAACUUCUACUACCGCAUCUCGCCUGUGGUGGCCAAGACAGACCCAGGGGACUUGACGGAGCGACUGGACCUGAGGAAACGGCUGAACUGCAAGAGCUUCAAGUGGUACCUGGAGAACAUCUACCCGGAGUCUUCCUGGCCGGUGGAUUACAAGUCCAUGGGAGAGAUUCGAAACAUGCAAAACAACAAAUGCCUGGACACCAUGAUGAAGGAAAGCGGCCACAAAGUGGGCCUGUUCGGUUGCCACGGACAGGGAGGAAACCAGAUCUGGGCUAUGACUAGGCUGCAGGAGCUGCGGCAUGACGACGUCUGUCUGGACGUGGCCAGAGGCGGUCCCAUCAUGAUGCUGAGCUGUCACUCACAGGGCGGUAACCAGCAGUGGGCGUACAACGCAGAGACGAAGGAACUGAAGCACAGCAACGGAUUAUGCAUGGAUCUGUCAGACAAGUCUCAGGAUGAACCGGCUAUGAAGCCAUGCAACGGGCACCCCUCCCAGAGAUGGCAAAUGACCAGCUGGAAUUGGAAUGAGUAGGCUUAAUGGAAUGGGAAAAAAGCCAGAUCAGGUGGCCUAUUAUCACAGGAUGCCUGGGAAUUUGCCAUGGAAGUUGUUUCAGGAAGUUCCUAUGGAAGUUUUGUUGGCACGGAAGUUCUUGGGAAAUGCCUUGGGAGUUGUUGGAGGGGGAAAGGGAAGUCAGGCAUUUCGCUGGAGUUUCCUUGAAAAAUGAAUUUAUUGUCACUGGGGAAAAACUCUGAAGGGGAUCAGUGAAAUCCCAGAGAUGCUAAAUCGCAGCUGGAAAAUCUGGCAAUGGUUAUUGGAAUUUCCAUGGAGUUGAGAAGGGUUAUGGACUAGAAAAAUACCCAGAAUGAGAUCAAGCACUGAUGGAAGUCCUGGGAAUUUCCUUGAAAAUCAGUGAUGGAAAAUCCUGCAGUUCUGAAGGAAGUUCCUGUAAGGUUUCUGUAAAGAUUUACAUUCGAAAGUUAGAUAUUUGCCUAAUGGAGUUUCUUUGUGACCAUGAAGAUUCUCCAGUAAUUCAUAUGACUUCAGCAAACCUUCCAGAGAAGUUGUGUUCAGUGAUCUCUCUGAUUUGUGAAAAGUAUAACAGGAAUUGCUUUUAUGGAUGCGAGAAGACCAAUAAAUGUGGCGGCAGUUGAAUAUUAAUCCAAGGUCACAGGUUAAUCUCAGAGUGAAAAGUUAAAACCAAAAGUUUUUAAAAUCAGUAAGCCAAUAUAGUCAAACAUUCACGGGGGAAUUUACUGAAUUUAUGUCCAAAGUAAUGUUGCAAGAUGCCUGUUUAAUACAACUGGUGUAUUUUUUAUCUGUACGUGCGUUCGCAUAACUGACCGCAGAAGUUCAUGUUUUUGGGAUUGAAAAAAACACAACACUCUUCAUGAAAGCACAUGUGGUUCUGGAAAGGAGUUGGUAAAUGUAAAACUUAGAAGUGAACACCAUUCUCCACAGUUGCCUAAAAAUAGCUGGUAAAUCAAAGUGUCAAGAUCCGAACGCAGUAACUGCCAUUCCAUUCCGCACUGGCGUCUCAGUCAUGAACUGUGGACUGUGAUGUAAUGUCAGGAAAUUGAGUUUGGUUGGGUCAAGUUCCACGACUAGACGCAGAAUACCAUGGUUGCCUUCAUACUCCCAAGCAGAAUGUUCCCUUUUGUUGAUUUCGUAUCGUUUUAUUUUUUUAUCGACGAUACUACCAGCCCCAUCGCCAGUUUCAGGUAUUAAGGGGGAGGGGGGGUCUCAGCUAGGGGGACCACAUCGCAGGAACAAAAUAUAGUUGUCAUGCUUAUGCUUUUUACUGAUGGGAGGGGGCAGCUUCCCGCCAGGGGGGCCUAGGCCCCUCAGCACUGGGUACUACCUUUGGACAGCAAUUUGACUUCAUUUGUGCUGCCAGAAGACACACUGCCCAAAAUAUGGAAAGAAAAAAUUUACUUUGUGUUUAUUGUCUACUUUUUGGUGCAACUCCUUUCCUUAGAACUAAUUUAUGAAGAAUGUUUCAAUAGAGUUACAUUUCCAACUCCAUCUCCAACUCCUAAUGUACAUUUUUUUUUCUUAUUUGAUUUUCGGGAGUGUUAUCACUGGUCAUGUAUUAAAUGUUUGUCUUUCAUUGGCUUAACUAGUGAGGCACGAAGCUGUUUUAAUGUAGAUAAUGUACCAUCUUCGCAAAUGUAGGGUUAUUUUAAAGUGUCUUAAAAAGUCUGUUUGUUGUUAAUAGCAUAUACUUGCAGUGUCUUGCUUCACUGAUUGGUCCCCUCAAAGCAUGUUGCUUUAAUCUUGGUACAUUGGUCUGAAUAUGAGUUUGUUGGCUGUUAUCUUAGGCGUUUGCUUCUUGGACCAAAUUCACGGGAGACAGAAGUCACACAGUGCACUGGCAGAAAUGUUUUGCAGCAUUUAAAGUUUGUCUUUUCCUCGAAACAACCACAGUUUAAUUGAAUGACACUGAUCUAAUUUUUAAACUUGUUCAUUUGCACGACAUCGUUGCGCGGAAUGUUCUAUUAUGGCUCACACAUCGUGUCAUUGAUUAAACUAAGAUCAAAAUGCUGUUUUCUUCUGCUUGGAAUGGUGUGCAGUUUGCUCAAACUCUAGUGCAUGCCAGGUACAAUUUGUGGAUGAUGGCAUUUAUGGAAGGUGGGCAACUUAUCCCUUUAACUGUUUCAAGAAAAUGAGGCAUCAUUUUUUGGGGGGGGGGGUUGAAAUAGAGCAUGACGAUCUUGUCUCUGUUCUUGUAGAUUUGUACAGUGUUUUCUAUCUGGUAGGUGCAAAAAACCAGAGGAUAAUUAUAAUAACAAUCAAAGUGUGUGUUUAUAAUGCAAAUUUCAUUAAUUAACCUUGAUGAACUGGCUAAUUUAGAAACUAAUAUAUAUGAAUACAGACAUUAUUUUUCCAGGAAUUGAUAUCAAUAUGGCAAAAGCAGAGCUCUGUGUAAAUAACCCUUUUUUGGAAGGGUUUGUCAAACUUUUGUUUAUGCACAUAUCUAAACAAUGCCUGCUCAAGCCUCAAAUAAUAAUACUAAUUGUUGCCAAAAGAUUAGUGUAAAAAGAACUAUUCAUUUAACACUGCCCUCUGUUGGCCGCAUUGAUCAUCGCUUUUAUUCAAAUUUUAUACAAAUUAUCACUGUGGCCUUUCUUGUGCAACGGGAAAAGAAAAAACUUAGUCGAGCCCAUGUUCGUUUUCAUCUCAUGUACUCAGAUACCAUUCUGUUUGGAGUGUGAGCUGAUUGAUGUGACAGUCUCCCUCUAAUCUGAUCGAAAUUUGAUGGAUUUUAUUUUGGGGGGGGAGGUAAUUGCUUGCAGGAAGGUUCAAAAACAGAAGUGUUUUCCUAAUCAUCAAUUUAAGAUCUGUCCCAUCAUCAUUUCAGUGCAGAACUUGUCACAGAGUUCGAAUUAUUCCAAUAACAGACAUCAGCCAAAUUUUGUACAAAGUUAGACGUGAUGCUUUGGACAGGUUGGAAGACAGCAAGGAGAAAAUAAUGGUUUCUGUUGGAUAGUUUGGAGAUAAAGAAUUAGACUUCAACAAUAGAAGACAAUCAAAUUUGUACCAACGUAAAUGCAUAGUUACUGUGAUACACAAGUGCCUUUAAUUGUAUUGUUAAAAUUAAUUUUAGGAGAAAUGUUGUGAUGCAUUGUGUUUCUAUUUUCCCUUUGUAUUUAAUUUCAAAGCAUGCAGCAGUGACAUUUUGUCAUUUCCCCUAUUUUAUUUUUGGAAUCAUUUCAUAGUGACCGACAUCAAACAGUAAUGUGAUUGGUUGAUGUCACUCGCAUGACUUGCUAGUUUAGGUUAGUUUUCUUUUACUUUAAUGGAAAUGUCAAGCAAUAUUUUAUCUUAUAUGUGUACAAAAAUAAAUAAGAGAAAUGUGCUUAAAAUUUCCUUUGGCAUCAA